GCGCCAAGUUCUUUGUGUUUGGGAUCGUUCAAUGGAGUCGAACGUAGUGGAGAUCGCUCCUCCGGUCGCUUCUUGCUCGAGAGCAAAGACUGAAACUCCAGAAGUGAUUGAUGUGGAGGAAUAUGAUUUGCAAAACGGUGGUGUUCUUAAUGGCAACAAUGUUGAUAACAAGAAUAAAGGGAAGGCUAUUGAUUUUGAUUCCGUUUCUUACGAUGAGCAAGAUGAUGAGUAUGUUUCGGGUGAUGAUUAUGAUUACCCUGAAUCAUCUCCAAUAUCAAAUAGUUUGUUAGACCCAGAUACUUUGAUCUAUGAAGACGACGAAAACUAUUCCGAACAAUAUGACUUUGAAAUGGAGGAGGAGACUGAUAAUUACUCCAUGUAUCAAGACCUUUUCGAUGGUAAGGAUAUCCCAACUGGUGUGGAGGUGUCAAUGGAUUGGUUUCCAAAUUCAGCUGACAAGGAAUCAGCGAGUGGAAGCAGCAAAUCGUCUAAUAAGUCAGAUGUUACCGGUAACAGUUCCAAGAAAGCAACAAAAGGAAGUGGAAUCCAAUCUCAGUUUUCUUUCCCAGAUAUGGCAACCCCUAUUGCUCAACCAUGGAAUGCUUUACCGCACAAAGCUGGAGGAGUCAUACCAAACUCUGCUUAUGCCUUGCCACAGAACAGCAAAGCUUUUCAACCACCUUUUACUCUCGGUUCUUCAACCUCCAAAACGUAUUUUUCCAAUCAUUUUCAGCCUCAGACUCCUGAUACCGUAUUGGGGGAGGCUCCAGCUCCUGCUGCAGGUUCUUCUGGUUUAUUGCUUCCGGUACCACCAAACACACCUGGUUUUAAAGGUUAUGGUGCUCGGUAUAGAGUGGAAGAGGCUAUAUUACCUCCGGAUGCUUCCAGAGUUAAGAGAAAUAUGGAGGAUUUUCUUGGGCUUUAUUUGUUUUUCAAAAGAUUUGACAUCGUCGAAGAUUUUUCAGAUCACCACUAUGCUACUAAGGGAAAUUCUUCAAAGCAGCAUUCGAAGGAUUGGGCGAAAAGGAUUCAAGACGAGUGGAAAAUUCUUGAGAAAGAUUUACCAGAUAUGAUAUUUGUCAGAGCUUAUGAAUCUAGGAUGGAUCUUUUAAGGGCUGUAAUUAUCGGAGCGCAAGGAACUCCAUACCAUGAUGGUCUGUUCUUUUUUGAUAUCUUCUUCCCGGAUACAUACCCUUCUGUGCCACCGACUGUUCAUUACCAUUCUGGUGGGCUGAGAAUCAACCCGAAUCUGUACAAUUGUGGGAAAGUCUGUCUGAGUCUUCUCGGCACUUGGAGUGGUAGCCAGAGGGAGAAAUGGAUCCCCAACACUUCCACAAUGUUACAGGUUCUUGUCUCGAUCCAAGGUCUCAUCUUAAAUCAAAAACCUUACUUCAACGAGCCUGGCUAUGAGAGUUCAGCGGGUUCUGCACAUGGUGAGAAUAACUCUAAGGCUUACAGCGAAAACACACUCCUACUGUCUUUAAAGACUAUGGUUUACACCAUGAGGAGACCACCCAAGUAUUUUGAAGACUUUGCGUAUGGACAUUUCUUCAGCUGUGCUCACGACGUGUUGAAGGCGUGUAAUGCCUAUAGAAACGGAGGUAUACCGGGAUUUCUGGUGAAGGGGGCUCAAGAUGUGGAAGAGAAUAGCCCGAACAGUAGCUCUAAGAAGUUUAGGACAGAUGUGGCUACCUUUGUGGAGACAGUGCUGUUGAAAGAGUUUAUUCUUCUAGGUGUCCUUGGUCUCGAACCGGAAGGAGAAGACAAAGCACCUGAGACUAACAACGUUGCAGAGAGUAGCCACAAUACCAGAUCAAGCGCCAAGAGAGACAGACUUUCUUCUAGUUGAUCUCCAUGGCUCCUUUUUUUUCCCUUAAUUUUUCUUAAUUUCUGAAGAAACCAACCGGUGACUU